GGAGGAUUUCAUCUUCAACAAAAUUGUGUGUGGACUGCUCUUAUUCAUAAUAUCUUCACAAAUCUCUGAUUCUGCAGACACACUCCUCCCAAAUCAAACGCUGGCUAUCGGGCACACUUUGGUGAGUCAAAACCAAGUUUUCGAGCUGCAAUUCCUCAGCAUCGGAAAAUCAAGAAACACGUUUUUGGCCUUACGGUAUACAACCACACCAGACGUCGUGGUUUGGGUUGCGAACAGAAACAAUCCCAUCACCGAGUCGCAAGGGGUCGUCUUCAGCGUCGCUGGAAACGGCACUCUCGUUAUAACCAGAAAUGGAAAGGCUAUUUGGUCUGCGAGUCCAUCAAGGCAGGCAUCGCGUCCACUAGUACGCCUCCUGGAUACGGGAAACCUGGUUGUUGUCGACCAAGAAGACACCAUCUGGCAAGGUUUUGAUCAUCCAACUGACACCUUGUUGCCUGGAAUGAAUCUCGUAGAUGAUCUUCGUUCCGGUGUUGAGACGAACUUGACAUCUUGGAGAAGUUUGGACGAUCCUUCUUCUGGAGAGUUUGUGUUCAGGAUCAAGAAUCAUGGAUUGCCUCAGAUGGUGAUCUUGAAUGGAGAAAAAACGUUUUAUCGAUCAGGACCGUGGAAUGGGCUUCAGUUUAGCAACAUGGAAGCCUCUCCCAAUUCUGUUUUUCAAACUGAUUUCAAUUUCAGCCAUGGGUGGUUGAUUUCCGUCAGUAGGGCUUAUGACAGUUCAAUUUUCACACGGCUGAAGCUUGACGCAUCUGGCACCAUCCAGCGGUAUACCAUGAACUUGCAAAGAGACGCGUGGAAUCUGGCCUACACCUUUCCACAAGACAAAUGUGAAGAGUAUGGUUAUUGCGGACCGCAUGCAGUCUGCAGCAUUGAUAGAGUGCAGAGAUGCCAGUGUUUGAAGGGGUUUAAACCCGCGUCGCCAAAUGAUUGGGAUCUUCAAGAUUGGAGCAGUGGAUGCAGGAGAGCUGAGCCGUUGGAUUGUGAGGGUGGAGAUGGUUUUCAUGAGGUAAGAGGGGUGAAGUAUCCUGAUAUGAUCAAGUUUUGGUUGAAUAUGAGUAUGAGCCUCCAUGAAUGCCGAGCUGAGUGCUUGAGAAAUUGCAACUGCACCGCGUAUGCUAAUGCAUAUGUUGCUAAUGGAGGCAGUGGAUGCCUCGUGUGGCUCGGGGAUCUCGUUGAUGUUAAACAAUUUACUGGUGCGGAUAGUAACCAGAACUUGUUUGUUCGCCUGCCAAUUUCAGAACUAGGUGGUACAACCGACGAGAAGGAGAGGAAGAGAAGAAGGCCGACAAAAGUUGUAGUGAUAUCAGUUACAUGUGGAGUUAUUUCAGCAGGUUUUAUUGUUGGAGUGAUACUUUUACUGACAAGAAGAAAGAGGCAGCCAGCAUCAGAUUCAAAGAUUAACAGAGAAGAUCAGGAAUUGCAAUUAUUCAAGUUUCCGACUCUUAUGGCUGCAACAAAUAGCUUCUCUAGGGAGAACCUCAUCGGGGAGGGAGGUUUCGGCCUUGUCUACAAGGGGAAGUUAUUUACGGAAGAAGAAAUAGCUGUCAAAAGAUUGUCAAGAACUUCACAACAAGGCCUCAAAGAGUUCAAGAACGAAGUCACCUUGAUUGCGAAACUUCAGCAUAGAAACCUCGUCAGACUUUUGGGAUGCUGCAUUGAAGGGGAAGAGAGAAUGCUUGUAUAUGAAUACCUGAAGAAUAGAAGUCUCGACUACUUUGUUUUUGAUCAAAACCAAAGAAAACUGUUGACAUGGCCUAAGCGCUUUGACAUAAUCAUGGGAAUCGCUAGGGGGCUGCUAUAUCUUCAUCAAGACUCCAGAUUAAAGAUUAUCCAUAGGGAUCUAAAGACGAGCAAUAUUCUACUAGAUGGAGAUUUGAAUCCGAAGAUCUCAGACUUUGGAUUAGCAAGAAUUUUUGGAGAGGACCAAUGCAUUGCUAAAACAAAACGAGUUAUUGGGACCUAUGGCUAUAUGGCUCCAGAAUACGCUUUUGAUGGGAAGUAUUCAGUUAAAUCAGACGUCUUUGCGUUGGGAGUGAUAUUGUUGGAGAUUGUGAGUGGAAAGAAGAACAGAGGCUUCGACUAUUAUAGCCUUUCGGGACAUGCAUGGCUGCUGUGGAAAGAAGGCAACAUUCUGGAGCUAAUGGAUGAAUGUUUGAGCAAUACAUGGAUUGAAUCUCAAGUGAAAAGAUGCAUACACGUCGGGUUAUUAAGCAUUCAAAAAUAUGCGGAAGAUAGGCCAGUCAUGUCAUCAAUAGUUUCCAUGUUAGGAAGUGAUGGAGCAAUGCUACCAGAUCCUAAAGAACCUGGAUUUUUUGGUGAAAGUAGUCCGAGCUGCAGAACAAUUUCACGCCAGGAAACAUUCACCAUCACUGAGUUAGAAGCCAGAUGAGAAGAAUAUAGUUCUUGCAUGCUACAAACCUAUGUAUGUAAAUAUAUUUAUUGCUCUAAAUACAAUA